AAUCUGUAGUAUGUAAUUUGUGAACCUACAAAUCAGAUUUUACAGCCCAUUGGAAGCAAGCGCACAGACGGCUGGACUAAUUCUCUUUGACUGGCACCUGGUUCUUAUAUAACAGUGUACUACAGAGGCUUUUAAAGGCAAAAUUAUUCUGUUUAAGAGGUGAAAACAAAGUGGUCAGCCUUUAGGAGGAUUGAGCAUUGCCCAGGAAUUGGGAUGACAGCCUGUUCGGAGAGGAUGGAGCACUUAGCAUGGUUGAUACUAGCAAUGCUAUGGAUGGUGCAGGCUGUGGCGUGCUGCCCUGAUGUCUGCAAAUGCUCCAGGAAGUCUGGCCCAGAAAAAUCAGAGGUCAACUGUCAUAAGAGGGGGCUUCGAGUUUUUCCUUCCAAUCUGCCUCCUGAUUCUUGGAUCAUUAAAUUAGGUGAGAAUGGUAUCACAGACCUGAAGGCAAAUACUCUGAGAUCAAUUCCAAAGAUUGAGAGCAUCAGCCUGGAGAGAAAUGCCAUAAAAUCCAUCCAUCCCCAGGCCUUCUCUGGUGCAAAGCACCUGAUGCUUCUCAAUCUUUACGGCAACCACAUAACCAAUCUUCCACCAAGGGGAUUUCAGGACCUCCUAAACCUUCGCUUCCUCAUGCUGGGGCAGAACCAGAUUGGCAUCCUCAAACCUGUGAUUUUCGCUGGCAUGAGGAACCUGUCGGAGCUGGACCUUCCACUCAAUGCACUGACAAUCGUCCCAUCUAAUGCCUUCAAACCUCUGAUUGCCCUCAAAGUUUUGGACCUUUCCCUCAAUCGCAUCCAGAAGAUUUCUCCCAAGGCCUUCACUGGGCUGAGGCAGCUCUUGUUCCUCAACUUGGACAAUAACAGUCUGAAGAAUAUUCCUGCUGGAGCGUUUCAGCCGCUGCGAUCUCUGGAGAUGCUGGUUCUAGACAACAACCUUCUAUCUACACUGAGUUUAUCAGCUUUGGAUGGCCUGGGCAACUUGCAGGAGCUGUACCUGAGGAGCAACGAGCUGGAGCGCCUGCCCUCGGAUGUGUUUAUCAACCUGCCCGAGCUUUCACAGCUGGCACUCAGUGGAAACCGCCUGAAGACAGUGGAUGGAAACAUGUUUGCCCAUAUGCCCGUUCUAAAGAAGCUGCACCUCCACGACAACCCGUGGCAGUGUGACUGUAACAUUACGUCGCUGGUGCAGUGGAUGGGACAAACCAAGGCCACUCUGUCACCACGGCACACCCUGAAGUGCGUGACUCCUCAAGAGCUCCAACAUAAGAGCCUCAGUAGCCUGCAAACUGAAAAACUGCUCUGCCGCACUUAACGGCAAAGAUGAAGAUCACAGCG